UGUAGGUGUGUAAUUCGUUGCUGAGUUAGCUGGCUUGCUGUUCUUAUUUCUAAGACGCUAUGGCUAAGCAGUAUGACGUGCUCUUCCGACUCCUGCUUCUCGGUGAUUCGGGGGUUGGGAAAACAUGUUUAUUAUGCAGAUUCACGGACAACGAAUUUCACCCGUCUCACAUCUCCACAAUCGGGGUCGAUUUUAAAAUGAAGACACUGGAGAUAGAUGGCAUCAAAGUUAGGAUACAGAUAUGGGACACAGCAGGACAGGAGAGAUAUCAGACCAUCACUAAGCAGUACUACAGACGAGCACAGGGAAUAUUCCUGGUUUACGACAUCACAAGUGAGCGAUCCUUCCAGCACAUCAUGAAGUGGGCCAGCGAUGUGGACGAGUAUGCUCCUGAUAACAUCCAGAGGAUCCUCAUAGGGAACAAGUCAGACGAGGAGGAGAAGAGGCAGGUUGCUACAGAACAGGGCAACAAGCUGGCCAAGGAUUAUGGGAUGGACUUCUUUGAGACAAGUGCCUUCACCAACCAUAACAUCACAGAGCCCUUCACGCGAUUGGCUGAGCAGGUCCUGUCGGCCAAUAAGAAGGACCUGGACCUCCUGAGGGCGUCGGUCACAGAUGAGCUCAACCUCGCCGCCCUGGAGGAGGAGGAGGGCAUCACAGACGGGGCCGCCGCCUCACAGAAGAGCUGCUGGUGUUAAGGGCCUGGUCAAAAGUAGGGAACUAUAUAGGGAAUAGGGUGAGAAAAGUAGGGAACUAUAUAGGGAAAGGGUGAGAAAAGUAGGGAAUAGGGUGAGAAAAGUAGGGAACUAUAGGGAAUAGGGUGAGAAAAGUAGGGAAUAGGGUGAGAAAAGUAGGGAACUAUAUAGGGAAUAGGGUGAGAGAAGUAGGGAACUAUAUAGGGAAUAAGGGUGAGAAAAGUAGAUAACUAUAUAGGGAAUAGGGUGAGAGAAGUAUUGAACUAUAUAGGGAAUAGGGUGCCACUUCUCCUUAUGUAAGGACUGGGUCUGGCUGCGUCUUGAAUCACACCCUAUUCCUUAUGCGAGCUCUGCUUGAAAGUAGUGCACUUUGUA